AUGGCAGAAAUUAAACACUCUGAAAUAACCAAGGAAGCGCCAAGGACGCCGAAUGUUGAAGUUAAAGGGUCCGCUCUGGGAGACACCAAGAGCAGCGUUGCAGAGAGUGUGAAAAAAGAAAACGCCCUAGUUUCAAUGGAGGAAGAAGAUGGCGCCAAACCAUGCACUUUGGUUGACACUACAGCGAGCCUACAGUCUGCAAGUGGAACACUCAGAGGUAUGGGUACAAAAGACCCAAAUCUUGCCGUGGAUGGGAAAGGCAGUGUCUCCGAGCCCUACACUUUGGUUGACACUAAAGAGGGCCUUGAAACUGCACUCAAAACCCUGAAAAGUGUGAGUAAAGAAGGUCCAAAUCUUGCCGUCGAUGGUGAAGGUGUUGAUUAUUCCAGAAGAGGAACGCUGUCUUUACUUGCCGUUGCAACAAGAGAUCACGUGUUCCUGUUUGAUAUGAUCAAGCUCGGACAACUCGUUUUUGAUCGCGGGCUUCGCGAGAUUCUCGAGGAUCCUACACGCGAAAAGCUGAUGUUCGACUGCCGCGAAGAUUCAGAUAUCCUCUGGCAUAACCACCACGUGAAACUUGACGGUGUCCUGGAUAUACAGAUUUUGCAAGUUAUGUAUAGUAAUAGAGAUAACUCGGAUCUCUCGCCAUUUGGUCAAAAACGAUGUGCCAUAGCACCUUGCGAAAAGGUAUUUAGCUUGCUGCAUUGCCUUGUGCACUACACUGACGUCGUUACAUCCAUUAAAAUAAAUAAAUCAGUUGGGUCAUUCUUUUUUCUAUCAACUAAGAAGUGGAUGGACAGACCCUUACCUGCGGACAUGAUUAAGUACGCAUGCGUCGAAGUAUCAACCUUAUUUGGCCUCUACGAAAAAAUGAAAAUGAGCAACGAGGACAUGAGACGGUUGAAGACUGCAUCAUCGCGCUACGCCGAUCUGAAGCGUUCGCUCACCGUACGCCGUUUUGACGAAUUUGAAAAAAAUGGGUACCUGCCACUACAUAUAAUACCUCCAAAAGGAUCUGUUGGCUUUUCGGACUAUCAGUCCAAUAAAGGCACCGAGUGCACGGGUUGUAAAAGGCGCUUUCCGCGCGAAGCGUUCACUUACACACAGCUUAGAAAAGGAGAACAAAAAUGCAGAGUUUGCAGGAAGGUGAAAAACGACAAUGAUGUUGAGAGUAACAGAGAAGACAAUUGGGCACGUGAUUGCUCUGACGACAGUGCUGUAUACUACUCCACGGAUGAAAAUGAGGAUUAUUAUUAG